ACCUGACUUCAACUAAAAAGAUUUGUCUGAAAUGAUGGCGGCUGCCAGUUUACCUCAUAGAGUUUUAGAAGUGUUUUUCUCGUAUUUAGAUAUUUCUGAUUUGAGGAGUUGCUCUCUGGUUUGCAAAAAUUGGUAUAAGUUUUUAAAUGAUGAAAACAACGAUGUAUGGCGUCUUCAUUGUGUUCGGAAGCUAGCAGAAGAAGCACUUAAAUCAGAUUUACUAAGUAACGUUCCCACGUACAAAGCUAAACUCAAAGCUUUUUAUCAUGCUUGGAACCCUAAUGACUGCUCCAAAAAUGUAUACAUUAAACCGAACGGAUUUACACUUCAUCGAAACCCUGUUGCUCAAACAACGGAUGGUGCUAGGGGUAAAAUAGGAUUUAAAACUGGUCGACAUUGCUGGGAAGUGUGGUGGGAAGGUCCCUUGGGAACUGUGGCAAUGAUUGGCUUGAUGACCAAAGACUCACCUGUUCAGUGCCAAGGAUAUUUUCCUUUAGUUGGAGCAGACAAUAACAGUUGGGGCUGGAAUCUUGUUGAUAAUCAUUUAAUUCAUAAUGGAGAUAGUCAAGGAAAUUAUCCACCGCUAAACAAUGCACCCAAAUAUCAAGUUGGUGAAAGAAUACGAGUUAUAUUAGACUGUGAAGAUAAUACUUUAGCAUUUGAAAAAAAUUAUGAGUUCCUUGGUGUAGCCUUCCGAGGUUUGCCAAAUACACAACUUUACCCAGCAGUGUCAGCAGUGUACGGCAACACAGAGGUGUCUAUGGUUUACCUCGGCCCUCCGUUGGAUGGAUGAUAUUUUGAAUGCUCUCUUUAUUUCACACCAUGGCCAAGUCAAAUUGAAACAAACACAUUUACUAUAUAUACAAGUGAGAGAGAAAAUCUAAGACAUUACUUUACAGCGUGAACAUGCUUGUUGAACUGGAUUGUUAGUAUGGUUCGGAAUCAUAUUUCUAUUUCACACUCCAGUUUUUCCAUUUGAUUCAAAGUUUUUUUUAAAAUCUAGUUAUAAACAUCAAAGAAUUACAGGUCUUACUUUUUAUAGCACUUCAGCAUAAAAGGUAGAGAGAGGAAUCUGUAUAUUAAAUGAAUGUGCAUAAAAUGAGGGGAACUAUUUCAUUUCAAUGAAAGUAUUUUUUUUUAUAUCAUAUGUUAAAUCAAAUGUUUUCUAUGGAAAAACACAAUUGUUGCAAUGAUAAUGUGAUGUGUUGCUCUACCUUGAUAUAUCCCCCUCUAACUUGAUAUUUGAACAUAUAUAUAUAUAAUAUAUACAUACAUAUAUAUUUAAAAAUGAUUCCUAUAGCAUGUAUAGGAACUGCUUCCCUCCCCUUGUGUACAGUUACAUCUGUUGUUAUGAUAAUCUUUAUCUGAUCAUGUUAUGAUAAUAUUUUGAUGGCUUGAUUCUAAAGAAAACUACAUUUCUUGCUUUAUGUGUUGACAGUUCAAAUGGUAUGAAUCCUUGUUCAAGUGGUAGCGGCUGUGUUGAUUCACUGAUAUUUAACAUGUGUGCCUGUGUUUGUGGAUUAGAUGAUAGGCUGUGUUGCUCAAGAUGGAAAUGUAUUUGUUAUUGAGUAUCGAGUUUUGUUUUGUUGAUUGCUGUGAGUUUAAGAUGUAUGAAUUUUUUUCUUUCUUUAAAGUUUUGUUACUUUGUUAUUUAUAUGAGGACGUUAUUCAAAAUUAAGUUAACACUUGCUGAAUGGUUUGCGUUUCCAAAGAGAAAUUAUCAAUGCCUAGAUAGUGAUAGAAAGUAUUGAAACAGGGGCAUCUAUUAACAUUUACCCAUAGUCAGCUGUCGAAGUAAUGUGUGCAACAAGCUAAGAUUUGAUAAAAAUCCUAGAAUGACAAGCAUUGAAAGAUGUGCAAGUGGUCUUUCACUAAACUUCUGUGUGUUCCCUAGCUGUAAUGCAAUGAAAGUACUGUGAUUGUUGACUGCUAUUGAUACAUAUCAGUGUUUGAUUACAUAACUGUGCCUCUUUGUGACUAGUAUUGUUCCUACCCAUUCACUCUCAUUUAAACUUCUUAGCUUAUAGCCUGAACAGAAGUGUAAAAUUCUUAAAAAAAAAAAAAAAAAAGAACUUGAAGCGGACAGUUAUUGUUUUAA